UUUAAAUUUUUUUAUUCUCUCUCAUUUCACUCUUGCCCUGCCCUUGGAGAGAACUGCACGAAACGAAGUCUAAAAAAACGGAUCCCAAUCGAUAACUGAACCCUAACCCUAGAAAACGGGGCUUAUCCUCUUCUUCCCCUUUGCGUUCGUUCAUUCGCUCUGAAAUCGAAUAAAUUGCGAUAGGCUUUGUCGUUUUACCUUUCUCUGGUGCGCGCGUGAUAGGGUUAUUAGGUUGCGUCGUUACGCUAGGGUUUGGAUUUUAUAUGAUGGAAUGCUCUGCUUCUUGUGUACUUUGUUGUUGCCGGUGAUGACCGGGGGCCGAUGUCACCCGUGGGAGGGUAUGGCGGAGGGAGGUGAUGCCGCCGCCGUGGAGAGACGGUGCGAGGUUAAUUUUCCGGCGGAAAUCCCUCGCGACUCUGCUGUUUGCAAAAUUGACUACUUGUCCCAGGCUAGGAAAUCGCUUGCGGAGCGUUCGCCUUUCGAUGUUGCUGAAGAAACGUCGACUUCCGCGGCUGCGGUUACUCUGCCCAGUGGCUUGGCUGUUUUGCUGAACCGGCAGGGUGAUAACAGGAGGCGUCCCAAGAAGUCUCAUUCUGGCGCAAAUAAGAGGAAAUCGUCGAAUAGGGCGAACCAGAAGAAGCCGGAGGACUCUAACAUUUGGAUUGAGACGGAGCAGUACUUUAGGGACUUGACCGUGGCUGAUAUUGACACCUUGUUUGAGGCCUCUCGCAUUUCUAGUUUAAUGUCUCAGAACUGUUUCACCAUCCCGUGUCUGGGAAAUGCUCCUAGGUACAAUGCAGUUACUAGUAAUAGGGGGAAUGGAAUGGAGCCUGUUCCAAGAUUCAAUGAAGUAGUUUGUAGUGAGGAUGGAAAAAAGGGUGAGGAUGAAAACAAGGGUGGUGAAGUGGUGGAAAAUGAGGAUGAAUUGUUGGUAAUUGAGGCAAUUGAUGAUGUUACUGUUGAACAAGUUCCUCCUCAGGAUGACAAGAGUGAGGACAUUUCUGAUUCUUCAGUUAGUUUAGAGUGGUUUUUAGGUUGUAGGAAUAAGGUUUCUUUGACUUCUGAGCGCCCUACCAAGAAAAGGAGGCUUUUGGGUGUUGAAGCUGGUUUGGAGAAAGUUUCAAUGACUUGUCCUUGUGAUGAGGGCCAACUGUUUUGCCAUUAUUGUGGUAGGGGAGACACCAGCAGAGAUUCCAAUAGGUUAAUUGUCUGUGCUUCUUGUAAAGUGGUAGUUCACCGAAAGUGCUAUGGUGUGUAUGAUGAUGAUGUAGAUGGGACUUGGAUGUGUUCCUGGUGCAAGCAAAAGGUUGAUGUUGAUGAAUCGUCGAAUCCUUGUGUUCUUUGCCCAAAGAAGGGUGGCGCAUUAAAGCCAGUUAAUAGCAGCGCAGAAGGUGCGGGGUUGGUCCCAUUUGUGCACUUGUUUUGCUCUCUGUGGAUGCCUGAGGUUUAUAUAGAUGAUCUGAAGAAGAUGGAACCUGUUAUGAAUGUGGGAGAAAUCAAGGAAACCCGAAAGAAACUAAUGUGUAGUGUUUGCAAAGCAAAGUGUGGUGCAUGUGUUCGAUGUAGCCAUGGAAGCUGCAGAGCUUCUUUCCAUCCUUUAUGUGCAAGGGAAGCUAGACAUAGGAUGGAGGUUUGGGCAAAGUAUGGUAACAAUAAUGUUGAGUUGCGGGCUUUUUGCUUGAAGCACUCAGAUCUACCAGAAAAUAGAAGCAUCUUGCCAUUGAAAGGCUCUAUCGCAGGUACGAAUGAUAUUUCAGAAGCCAAUGGCUUUCCAGUGGCAUUGCCAGUGAGUGGUGAACAGAGCUUGAAAGAUUGCAGGAAUGGAGGAUUAGCCUCUGAUAGUAGUCCUGACAAACUGAACCAUAAUGAUGAACUGCCAGAUGGAGGACUAUCUGAUUGCAGGUUAAGUGCUCAUGACGACAUGUUGGGAUGUGGUGCUGUGCCCCAACAAGAUGUUGGAGUGGUAGGGAGAGCCAAUGAGAAUGUUGAUGCAUCUGACUCUCUCAGUUUUGCACUUGUUUUGAAGAAGUUGAUUGAUCGAGGAAAAGUUGAUGUAAAAGACGUAGCAUUGGAAAUUGGCAUUUCACCAGAUACAUUAACUGCAAAUACCAAUGAAGCUUAUAUGGCCCCUGAUGUCCAACACAAAAUAGUCAAUUGGCUAAAAGCCCAUGUAUAUACUAAUGCAUUUCAGAAGGGUUUAAAAGUUAAAUUCAAACCAGCCAAUGCAUCCAAAAACGACAGUGAAGCCAUAGAUGGUUCUGACACUUUACCAAUAUCAGAUUCGGGUUUGUUGGAUCCUGUUGCUGUUAAGUCAGUUCCGCCCAGGAGAAGAACCACCAGUAACAUUAGGAUUUUGAAGGAUAACAAAGUGAUAUGUUCAUCUGAGGGGGUUAUUGGUGAGAAUGGGAUGCCGGUGGACAUGUGCAGAGUAGGUCAGUCUGACUGUGACAAUCCAACCAAUUAUAAUGAAGCAUCCAUUCCCAAUGCAACUGAAAUGAACUUAACCAAGUCUGAGGAUAUUUUUCAUGAAGUUCAAGGCAAUGCUUCUGGAUGUGUUUCAGCAGGCAACUCUACUGCUUGUUUGCAAAAUGCUUCUGUGCUUUCUGAUCACUGUCUUGUUCAUUCUGCUUCAGAACCACCUGAUUUUGGUUUCAUAAAGAAGGAUGCAAUCUCUAGUUACAUUCAUCCAUACAUCAACAAGAAAUUGCUGCAGAUUCGUGAUGGGGUGCCCUUGGAGGACAUUAUAUCAGGUUCAAGUGAUGAGGGAAAUUCUUCUUUGGUUGAAUCCUUUCGGGCUAGUGCCUGCUCAAGCAGCCAAAAUCAGAAUUUAACUCGCGUUGAUAUUUCAAAGCCUGAUGAAGUAAAUAUGGAGCAGUUGGUUAGGGCUAGAAAAAUGGGACUUUUGGAAUUUUCUCCACAAGAUGAAUUGGAGGGGGAACUUGUUUAUUUUCAGCAUAGAUUAUUGCAGAAUGCAGUUGCAAAAAAGAGGCAUAUUGAUAACUUAAUCUACAGUGUUGCCAAGAGUUUGCCACACGAGAUUGAUAAGGCACAUCAACAAAGAUGGGAUGAUGUUAUUGUUAAUCAAUAUCUGCGUGAUCUUAGAGAGGCAAAAAAGCAAGGCAGAAAAGAAAGAAAGCACAAAGAAGCACAGGCAGUGUUGGCUGCUGCAACUGCUGCUGCGGCAGCAUCUACUAGGGCUCUCCGGAAAGACACCUUAGAUGAAUCAAUGCAACAAGAGAAUUUGUUAAAAUUGGAUACUCUAAAUGGAAGAACCGGUGCUUGUUCUCAGCCGAUGUCUCGAGCCAAAGAGACACUUUCAAGAGUAGCUGUGACAAGAACUUCGUCAGAGAAAUAUUCGGAUUUUUGCAUGCCAACCUCCGAUUUGUCUAAGGAGCAUUGUAAAUCAUGCGAUAUUUGCAGACGAUCAGAGUUUAUUUUAAACCCUAUCCUAGUCUGCUCUGGUUGCAAGGUUUCGGUGCACUUGGAUUGCUACCGUAGUGUGAAAGAAACAACAGGUCCAUGGUACUGUGAGUUAUGUGAAGAUUUGUCAUCUAGAAGCUCCGGGGCAUCUGCUAUCAAUUUCUGGGAGAAGCCUGUUGCAGAAUGUGCUCUCUGUGGUGGUACUACUGGUGCUUUUAGGAAGUCUUCUAAUGGUCAAUGGGUUCAUGCCUUCUGUGCUGAGUGGGUUUUUGAGUCUACAUUCAAAAGAGGACAAAUAAAUGCUGUUGAAGGAAUGGAAACUUUGCCAAAAGGAGUUGACAUUUGUUGCAUCUGCCACCACAAGCAUGGUGUAUGCAUGAAGUGUUGCUAUGGCCAUUGUCAGACCACAUUCCAUCCAUCCUGUGCUAGAAGUGCUGGUUUGUACAUGAAUGUGAGGACUACUGGUGGCAAGGCUCAACACAAAGCUUACUGUGAAAAACAUAGUUUGGAGCAGAAGGCAAAGGCUGAAACUCAAAAACAUGGAAUUGAAGAGUUAAAAAGUAUCAGGCAAAUUAGGGUUGAACUAGAGAGAUUACGUCUCCUUUGUGAAAGAAUUGUGAAACGUGAAAAAAUAAAGAGUGAUAUACAGAAUCUCCAUGUAGCAUUUUCAGUUAGAGGGAAUUGGUACUAUGUUCACAUGACAUACUGGCCUUUAAAAGAGAUCAUGUUGCUAGGUCCGUGCUGGUUCGAAGCCCUUUCAUCCUUCCGGAUGGUAGUUCAGAAUCAGCUACAACGUCCCUUAAAGGGAACACAGAGGGAUACAGAUCAUGCAGUGAACCACUUCAAAGAUCAGAUGAUGUUACUGUGGACAGUUCAGUUUCUGCUAAGCGCCGUGUCAGAGUCGCCAUAUCUAUGGACACAGACUCAAAAUUGGACGAUGACUGCUCAACCUCUCAAAGUCGAUUCAACCACAGGAUUCCAGAUAGAUUGCAAUUUUCUGGCAAGAAGGUUCCUCAUAGAACUGCUGCAUCACGUAAUAUUUCAGAUGAAGGUGGAUGGAUAUCCAAAUCUAGAAAUCAUUCCGACAGAUUCGGAAAAGAGCUUGUUAUGACGUCAGAUGAAGCAUCUAUGAAGAAUUCAAUGCUACCUAAAGGAUAUGCAUAUGUUCCUGCUGAUUGCUUGUCAAAUGAGAAGCACUCUGACGAGGACGUAUAUGCUAGUGAACCAGUGGAGCAUGACAGGUAGAGUGUUGGAUCCCAGCCUGGUUAUUUAUUUUUCCUUCGAGGCUGACAUCCAUAAUAUUCAAUGCCGUGCUAUUUUUCUUCGAGUGGGGAAGUUUUAUUUGAGAAUGGCAAAAUGUAGAGAUAGGGUUCCGGUCACUGAAAUUGUUGCAGAAUGUUGCUUUCUGUUCUGGCGGGGGCAAGUUUUGUUAGCAUUGUUGUACAUUCCUUGAGAGUAAACUGUACAGUGGAUGAGCAUUUCUUGCAUUUGUAUUAGAGGGGUAUAUGCAUUCCGUUUUUUUGACACACUUGUGGGAAGGACUAAACGGAAGCAUUCCUUGUAAUCAUACAAGGGAAGAUCAGGGAAUCACCUGUUUUUUCUGUAAAGUUGACGUGUACAGAUUUUAUGACAGUCGUAGUAAUUCUGAAAGGGAUCGUGCUCUCGACAUCAGAUCCACCGAGCAUAUAAAUUAUAUAUAUUUAACUCCCACCUCAUAAAUUUGUAUUCCUCCCUUUAUACGGCAUUUCUAUUAUGAUGAUUCUUGUGACUACUGAAUUCCCUUGUUAUAAUGUAGAUGUAGUUAGUGAUAAUUGAUCCUGUUUCAUUUGUUAUGCAA